AUGGGAAACAACUGCGUCGGGUCAAAAACCUCGGAAUAUGCACUGUUUUCCUGUGUCCUUCCGAGUUCAUUCUUGUGGCUUCAUUAUCAUCAAACGAGGGUGGUCACGGAAAUUUCUGAUGCACCUUCACUUGUGACUAAAAUUGAAGACACCAAUGCUCUAGAGAAUGUUCAAGCAAAGCCUCCACGAGUAGUGAAAAUUAACAAAGAGAUUAACAUGCCUUCAGAGCCUGCAAAUAAAAAAAUACUCCAUAAAGUCAAGAGGGUAGCAAUAGGGCUUCAAGAAGAGUCAAUUUUGAAGAGAAAAAGUGGUCACUUUAAGGAGUACUAUAAUUUGGGAGAAGAGCUUGGGAAGGGGCAAUAUGGAACAACAUUCCUUUGUACUGAGAAAGCAACUGGGAAAAAGUACGCUUGCAAAUCCAUUCCAAAAGUUAAACUGCUGAUAGAUGAAGACGUGGAAGAUGUGAGGAGGGAGAUUGAGAUAAUGCAUCACUUGGAGGGGUGUCCUAAUGUGAUAUCAAUUAAAGGGGCUUAUGAAGAUGGUGUUGCAGUUCAUGUUGUGAUGGAGUUAUGUGGAGGGGGUGAACUUUUUGAUAGGAUUAUGGAAAGGGGGCACUACACAGAGAGAAAAGCAGCUAAACUUGCAAGGACUAUAGUUAGUGUUAUAGAGGGUUGCCACUCCCUUGGGGUGAUGCAUCGUGAUCUUAAGCCUGAGAAUUUUCUUUUCGUAGAUGGGAAUGAAGAGUCCACACUUAAGGCCAUAGAUUUUGGAUUGUCUGUUUUCUUCAAACCAGGAGACGUUUUUAGGGACGUGGUUGGAAGUCCUUAUUAUAUCGCACCUGAAGUUCUACGAAGACAUUAUGGUCCAGAAGCUGAUGUGUGGAGUGCAGGUGUGAUCAUAUACACUCUUUUAUGCGGAACACCUCCAUUUUGGGGUGAAUCGGAGCAAGAGAUCUUUGAAGAAGUUUUGCAUGGUGACCUUGAUUUCUCUUCAGAUCCUUGGUCAAAUAUCUCUGAAAGUGCUAAAGACUUGGUUAGGAAGAUGCUUGUUAGAGAUCCUAGAAAACGGAUAACAGCACAUGAAGUUCUUCGUCACCCUUGGGUUCAAGUCGAUGGAGUUGCUCCAGGGAAGCCUCUUGAUUCUGCAGUUUUGAGUCGACUGAAGCAGUUUUCUGUAAUGAACAAGCUAAAGAAAAUGGCUCUUAAAGUUAUUGCAGAGAAUCUCUCGGAAGAAGAAAUUUCUGAACUGAAAGUAACGUUUAAGAUGAUAGACACAGACAACAGUGGUCAAAUUACUUUAGAAAAGCUCAAGACUGGAUUGGAAAUGCUUGGUAAUAAUCUCAGUGAAUCAGAAAUUUUGGAUCUAAUGCAAGCUGCAGAUGUUGAUCACAAUGGCACAAUUGACUAUAGAGAAUUCGUAGCUGCAACAUUGCAUAUAAACAAAAUUGACAGAGAAGAUCAUUUAGUUGCAGCUUUUUCAUUUUUUGAUAGAAAUGGAAGUGGCUACAUCACUCAAGAUGAGCUUCAAAAAGCUUGUGAAGAAUUUGGUAUGGAGAAUGUAUGCUUCGAAGAAAUUAUCCAAGAAGCUGAUCAGAAUAACGAUGGCAGAAUAGACUACAAUGAAUUCGUGGCUAUGAUGCUGAGAAGCAGUACAGAUUUAGGUAGAAACAGCAUAAAAGGUGGCACUGAUUUUAGCAUUGGAUUUAGGGAGGCACUAUCAGUGUGGUUUUUGACUCCUUUGUCUGCUUUCAAGAAUUCCGUAACCAUUCUGAUGAGGACAAUGGAAGAUGCACCGAACUCAAGUCAGUGCCUUUUAGGGCCUCAAUUUGUGGGGCUUCAAAAUCCAAUCAGACAUAUGAGGAAUGUUGUCACUACCCUUGUUACCUUCAUGGUUAGCUAUCAAAGGGAGAACAAAUUGGAUCGUGUGAAGUGUAACGAAACAAAGAAGGGAAAGGUUCACGUUGUGACUGCUCACGCGCGGUUGGUGGGAGGUGGUGGGGUACUUGUCAAGGUUGGCCUAAUGUGCCACCAAUCAAGUGAAUCUGAUCUGUGUAUUAAGUUUGCGAAGAGAGUGAGGGAAAUGAAGAAAUUAUUGUUGGAUUGGAUGCAGAAACUAAUCCUUACGCAACUCGCAAUGGAAUCUGAAAACGGGGUUGCUGUGGAGGAAGAGAAACGUGUUAUUGGAGUAACAACAAAGGUGGAGAAUAUAAAGAAAGAAGUUGAGAAGGACUACAAUGGUGCAGAAAUUCAGACAAAGAAUGAAGUAUCUAAACCCACAGUGGAAGCUAAAGGCCCCAUUUCUGCUGCAGUUGAAGCCUCAAAUAAAAAUUCAAAAGGCGCUAUCAAGGAAACUGGUGAUAGAGCAAGUGUUGCUUCCAAGAGCAACAAAUAUGCCAAAGAUAAGCAUAAGCCCAUUUUGAAGGAUCUAAGCUCAAUAUCUCAAAAACAAAGGCCAUCCCUUUCCCAAAGCCUUUCUUUCCCAUCCAAAUCAUCUGGUGAAGAUGCUAUGAAGAAAAGCAUUGAUGGGUAUCUUGUGAAGACAAAAGUUAAACACGUUCAAGGUAAUGGGAUUAGAGGUGAGGCCCCCAUUCGCCAUUUAAACAAAUCCACAAACUCUGGAGUGAACUCACUAGCAAAAAGCAACACUGGCAGACCUGGUUUGAAACGCUCUGCGUUUGGAAGGACUACCCCAGUUACUCCAGUCACCAAGAGCCAAAUUUCUGAGGCAUCGUUAUUCGCUGAUCAUGUGUCAAACACAGCAAAAACUGUAAAAGCAAACAAAGAUGAUGAUGAUUGUCACUCCACAACUUCAAGUGCUACUGCUCGUCUGAGAAGCAGCGGAAUAGGGUUUUCCUUUAGAUUGGAAGAAAGAGCUGAAAAGCGAAAGGAGUUUUUCUCAAAAUUGGAGGAAAAAAUUCUAGCCAAGGAAGCAGAGAAAACUAACCUACAAGCAAAAUCAAAGGAAAACCAAGAGGCAGAGAUCAAGCUAUUGAGGAAGAGCCUGACAUUCAAAGCCACUCCAAUGCCAAGUUUCUAUAAGGAACCCCCUCCAAAAGUUGAACUGAAGAAGAUACCAACAACACGUGCAAAAUCCCCAAAGCUUGGUAGGCACAAAGAACCUGCAAUGAACAACAAUUCAAGAGAAGAUAAGUCUUGCUCCAGUCCGAAACAACAGCAAAAUGAUUCAAACGAGGUUAAAGGUCACAAGGAUGUGAUUUCAAAGAAACCAAUCCGAAAAACCCAAUCCAAGCUGAAUUCUCAAGAAAAUAUAACCACAGAAAACAAAGAAGAAUGCCAAGUUCCACAUGAUAACAAGUCUGAAUGCAAAAAUGACAUGGAGUCACAAUCUGAAACAGUUCAUGCACCAAAUAGUGCACUGCUUCUAAAUUCGACCACACCUGAGUUUGUGUCAUAUGAGGUUGUUGUUGGAGUGUAG